AUGUCUUUUUAAAGAGAUAACAUAUUAAUAAAAGAAAAUAGAUUAAAACCAAUUCAAAAGCGAUUCAUUGCAAGGAAUUUGGUUAUGAAUGAGCCAUAAACACAAAGCGACAGAAAUAUUUUCCAAGAAAUCAAUGACGAGUUUAAUAUUGAUAAAGGUCCAAAGUAUAAUGAUAAGGGGGAAAUCAUCAAACACUCAAUUUUAGGUAAGCCUGACUGGUUCAAUAAAACAAAGCAUGGUAAAAAGUAAGCAUAAUUCGAUGAAUUUAAUCUUCGAUAACUUCCACAAAAAUAAUCGACUAAAAUUGAUAUAGAUCAAAGGUCCAUGGCCAAGAGCGAUAUAAAAAGCUAAUAGAAAGGAGGAGGCUCUGGAAAAUUCAAAAAGGAAAAAAGAGAUCAACUAACCACUAAAACUCAAUUGCUUUAGGAAUUGGAGAGGAUUAAAGAGAGAAUAGAAAUGAAUAACGAUAUGGAGGAAAGAAAAUUGAAAGAGUUAUAACCUGUCGUGAGAUCUAAUGCUACAAAAUAAGAGAGAGUCAUGGAAAAGCAUAAUAGGAUUGAAUAAUACUGGAAUGAUUUUACUUAAAAACAAGCAAAUAAAUUAGGCAGAUUUCCUUCUGAUUGUCAAUUGAUAUAAGCUGAAAAUUAUAGAACAAGAUUAGAAGCUGCUGCAGCAUUUGAUGCUCUUAAAACUGAUUAUGAAAGAUUUGGACCAAGAGUUUGGCAAAUGACUCUUAGAAAACCUGACUAAUCAAAUGAAAUGACAGUCAAAAUGAAGGACACAUAAAUGAUUGUAGAAAAUGAAAUGAAAUACGAUUUUAUAGUGGGAUCUGAUUUGCCUAAUGCUUUUACAGAAUCAUCUGUGUGUGGUCAUAAGGGAGGGAUAGAAUAUUACAGAAAACCCAAUUUUCUACCUGAUAGCAGUCAAUUAACAAUUUCCAGUAGAUUUAGAAAAUAUACAGAUUCUGAUAUGAAUUAGAGUUCAUUACCCUUUAAGAGCUUUCGAAGUGAAGAAUAUUUAAUGAAAAAGAUUGAGAAGCAAAAAAGCUAGUUCAAUUAAUCUCACAUGUUAUCAAUUGAUAAGACUGAUGGAUAUGAUUAACUAAUAAUAUUAGGAAAGAAUUAGUAUGAAGUGGAAAGGCAAAUGUUGUUGAACGAUGGCACAGAUAACACUGGAGUCUAUCGUAAGAACAUUGAAAAGAUACCUGAGGAAUUAACUAAAGAGUAAAUUUACGAGCAAAAUUUUACUGGAACAUAGAGAUUAAUUUUGCCAUAGAUUUAUAAGUCCUAAAUUUCGAGGAUUAAAAAAUAAGGAUCUGCCACUAGUAAAAGUUAGGAUUCAAGGAGUAGUCAGGAUUUUCAAACAGAAAAUUAAACAGUUAUAUAAUGA